AUGGCCGAAGGAAUAUUCAGGUCUAUCGUCUCAAAGCCGCCUUAUCAGGCUUUGGUAUCUGUUGUGGAUAGCUGUGGAACUGGUGCAUAUCAUACAGGAAGCAGCCCUGACUCCAGGACUAUGUCAACGCUUGACUAUAAUGGUAUCACGGACUAUGAACAUGCAGCUCGCAAGAUCCACGUCUCAGACUUCCAAAAUUUUGACUACAUCUUCGCGAUGGAUAGGGACAACCUUCGUGAUCUUCAACGUAUCCAUCAACGUGGUGGCGGCAAGGCUAAGGUCAUGCUCUUUGGAGAGUUCGCUGGGAAGAAGAGGGCUGAGGAGGUUGACGACCCGUAUUAUGGGGCCCGUGAUGGAUUUGAAAUAGCUUAUGAGCAGUGCAUGAGGUUCUCCAAGAAUUUUCUGAAGGACACCUUCCCGGAUGUGAAGGCUUGA